AUGGACCCGAUUGACCCUUCCAAACUCAUUCGGUGGGGGCGCGGGGAAGCCCGCUCCCCCGACGGCAAGAUCUACGGGAACGCCGUCGACAACGACUGGUACUGCGAGAGGACGUACAUGCAGAAAUUCGGGCACUUGUUCACCUCCAGGAUCGAGUUUAAGAGGAAGCUCGAGGGGGACAAGGUGAUGCUCGACGGUUUCAUGAAGCACCGCAAUGACUUCAUCGACUCGGGCAGGGGCACGGGCAAAUGCCGCUUCCCAAGGUCUUCCGCAGGCAGCGGCAACCCAGUCAAGGUCUCCCGCAAAACGACGGCCAAGACAGAGCUCAAGGCCCCGAACGAUAAGUUCUACACGGAGAAGCACUACAAAGAGACAUUCGGCUGGCCCAUACAAAAGGCAAACGGUCACCGCCGCGUGAAGUUCGGGCCGCACAAGGGGAUCGCAGUGCCUGGAGAUCAGGUCAUGGACCAGCCGUGGGAGAUCAUCAACACGUACGGCAAGGGCUUGGAGAUGGAGGAUGGCGGGGCUGAAGUCGUUACAGAUGGAGAGGACGAAGAUGGCCCUGGCGGCGAGACCAAGUUCGAGGAGCUCGUGGAUCAGCACUUGGAGCAGUACUCGGAGAUGGUCAAGGGCAAGACUCACGGGGAGAUGAUGGCAAUGGUGCAGGCCAGAGCGCGGUGCCAGCCUAGCAAGCAGCGGCCCUCGGCUAAGCCAGCGCCGAAGCAGGCGAAGGUCGCGGCCAAGACCGCUGAGCAGUCCAGGGCAGUCGCGCCUGCGGGCCGUCCGAAGCCGCCACAGCAGCAGGCUUCGGGCGCAGGCAAGAGGGGGCCGCGUCGCACUGACCUGGAUGAGUACCCGAGCCUGGGGUACUCGAGUAAGUUGCUGAGCGAGUGGUGCGCGUCGAGCGCCUCGGACACGUUCUGGAACGCCGACGCGGCCACGGCGCAGUUCAGGUCCCUCAACCGCUACAUCGGCAUCCUGAAGAACGAGAUUGACACGGCAGAGUUCGAGAACGCAGAGUCGGCGACCACCGACCAGCUGUCGAUGUCCAGGCUCCAGAUUAUCGAGGCAUCCAUGAAAAUUUUCAGCAAGAAGCGUUCCCCAGCCCUUCUUCAAGAGUUUAAGCCGUUCGACGCCUUCGUCCAGAGGUUCGCGGAGAGGGCGAAAGGUGGGGCGCCCCGUGAUCCAGAGAAAUGCUCCUCCGAUUUCUUCGAGAAUUUCCGCUUGGGCUUGGAGCUCGAGUAUUCGUUCGGCGCGUGCCCGAUCUCCAUCCAGAGGGUGAGCUCCAUGGUCUUGGCGAGGGCGGACGUCGACGAGAUGCGGGCCAAGAUCUUGGAGGGCAUGGUGGCUGCCCUGGUGAGGCCCGGCUUUCAGACGGCCAGCGUCGCCAAGAGGAUCGCGGACCAGUGCGAGGCGUUCCUGGAGAGUGCCCCGGAGGUUCUGCGACCCGAGAUCUCCGCCGUCGUCUGCAUUGCGAGGGCGACUCCCGGCCAGGAGUUCGAGCAGGUGAUGUCUGAGAUGAACGCCGCGGCGACUGACGCCCGCGCCCUUCAGCAGGCAUUCGGUCGCCACAAGCACCCGCACGGCCAGGCGAUCCUCGACCAGGCGGCCGCCGAGCUCAAGGAGUGGAAGAACUCUGCCGAGAAGUGGGGGGACAUCAAGGUUGAGUGGGAGCGCUUGGCAACCGUCGUCAAUGGGGGCAGAUCCGAGGCCAUUGGAGCCGACAGCGUGAAGGAUGGCAUCGUGAAGAUUAACAGCUGGGCAGAGUCCGUCACAGACUCCACGUGGUCGGUCAUGGGCGCCGCCGCCGGGGAUGAUCGCUGGGUGGCCCAGACCGCCUUUCUCAAGCACACGGACUUCGUGAUCGCGGAGACGUCUUUGCUGUUGAACACGUGGGCCAAGGCGACGCUGUCGCGGACCGAGACCUCGGGUCUGAAGGGUUCCCUCGUGAAGGCGGCGUGCAGGCCGGAGCUCAUGGGCAGCGCGAGCGCCAAGUUGAAGGAGCUCGCCGAGAUCCAGCUGAAUUACAAUUUGAUUGACCGCCGCUCGGUCGGGGAGGGGCCCGACUCUCUCGCCCGCAUUGCUGAGAGGCGUUCGGCUCUAUUGUUGCUCUCGCGGUGGUUCGGCUCUUCGGACCUGCUCGCGAAGGUGGGGGCGUCGAGCGCGGACCUGCAGGAGUGCGAUGCCAAGAAGUUCAUCGAAUUGGACACGCUCGACGCCAGCGCUGACCCCGCCCUGGUGGCCAUCCGCGCGAACGCCGACAUCGCCGCCUGCCUGGAGAAAGUGCGUCCUGAUGCGAGGCGGAAGGUCAUGGCGCAGUCCGCGCGGCCGCUGGCUGCUCUCGACGAGGGGCACGGCGCGAUCUGCAAAAUGAUCCAUGUCAUCGCCAAGGUGGAGCGCCUCGAGCUGAGCGGUGAGAUCGCAGGCGAGUUUGAGAAGGUGACGGCCGAUGUCGCGAGCGUCGCUGCCGCCUACGACGACGCUGCCUUCGCCGAGCUCGACUCGCAGAUGGUCAGGUGCGCGGCUGGCCCCGAGCGGUCGCGGGCCCAGCUGAAGCAACUCCUCGGGCAGUGGGCGAUGAAGCUCGCGAGCUUGAUCGACGUCUCGCGCCGCAAGGAGGUCGUGCGCGCCAACGGCAUGAAGGACUUCGCAUCGGCUUUCGAGGGGGCCUUCGUCAGGGCGACGGCGCUGCGCACAUUCCUGAAUGCGAACCGCAACAAGAUGGCCUCCGAUUUUGAGGUCGUCUGCGUGGGCUUGCCCACCGAGGAGGGCGUCUCCGUCGUGGACGCGCUGGAGCUCUACGGCAGCGACGUCUUGGAGAAGGCGCGCUCGGUCGCGGAGGCCGAGGCGAUGGACGUCGUCAGAGGCGUGUCGAAGUUGCACCCCGACAAGGACGUGCUUCUCAGUCCCGCGGUCCUCCGUUCAGCCGACCUGAAGGCCAGCAUCGCCACCAACCCGCAUCAUGGCGAGAUCGCCCCCGCCGUGAUGGCGGCGCUUGCCGCGAGGGACGCCCUGGCCAAGCUUCCCACCAAGAUCAUCCAGGCGCAGUCCGAGAGGGAGCUCAACAGCAGGGUGAACGUGGCCAAGGUGGCCAUCGGCUUGGAGCACUGUCUCCGCGUGCUGUCGGAGGUGGCGGCGCUGGAGACGCAGGAGAAGAAGGCCGCCAGAGUGGCGGCGGCCCUGGAGCGCAUGAGCAAGAAGGGCGUGAAGGUCCCGACGUACAUGAAGUCGCACCUUGACGCGCUGGCCUGCGAGGGGGGGGCCAGCGACGCCGUCCUGGCGCCUCAGCACCAGGGGCAGAGCAGGCCGCGCUUGCAGCGCGCCGCGAGGGAGCUGCGCGCACGCGAGGAACUGCGCGCACUGCGCGCCAGCGAUAGCGCGGAGAGCGCCGAGAGCGAGCGGUCCCUGCUCAUGGCCACCAUCGACGCCCUGCGCGAGGCCGCGGAUGCGGCCCUCAGCCGCGCCGAGGAGGCGGAGUCCGCCAGCAGGGCGGCGAUGGCGCGGUCCAUCGGCGCGUGCGUGAAGGAGUGCGUCGGCCGCCAGGUCAAGGAGGCCGUGCGGGCCGCGGCGGAGGAGGCGACCGCCGAGCUGCGGGCCGCCGCGGCGGAGGUGAGGAUGCUGCGCCUCCGCAGCCCCCUUGCAGUGGCGGCCCAGAGCGCCCCGCCGGAAGUGUCCCGUGUGCGCUCGGGGCCGCCGGGCGGAAGAGAGGCGGCGCCCGGCGCGUCGCCCUCGCCGUCGCCGCGGCUGAAGUGCGGCUCCCAGGUUGCCGCCGCCAUCGGCCACUUCGAGUGCCGAGUGCUGGCGACGGCGUCCCCCAUCGCGGAGGCGUCCGAGUGUACUUCGAGCUCCGGGGGUCAGCCGUCCGUGGACGAGCAGGAGGCGGAGCCCCCGGCGGCGCCGUCCGCGGAGCAAGACGCCCGCGGGCCGCCGCGACCCGCCGCGCCGCGCGCGGAGCCGCCGGUGCCGCGGCUGGCCGGGCUCGGCGGCCUGGCUGGCGCGGCGUCGGGGAGUCCGUCCGCGGUGGCGGCGCCGGGCGAGCCGUGGCGGCGCGACGCGGGGCAGCGCGCCCAGAGACCCAGUGGUGAGCAGGCCGGCGCAGCGGAGACCAGGCCAGCGAGCGCGGGCGGCGCGGCGCCCACGGAGGAGCCCGACGGGGCUGAGCCGAGGUCGGCGGUGGCCGCGUCCAGCGGCCGGGGGCCGCAGCAGCCGUGCCCGCUGGGCGGCCAGAGGCACCGCUGCCUCUCCGCGGAGGAGGCGGAGGGCGACGCGGCGGAGCCGAGGCGUGUCAGCGACAUCGUCUCGCUCUUCGAGGGCCAGGACUCGGCCAGGGGUGCGCCGGGCUCGGCGCCCCUGUUCCCGUGCGGCCCGGCGACGCCUCGCGCCUACGCCUCCCCGUUCACGAAGCCCGCGGUCGGCGGGAAUGAGGGCUUUGGCUCGCCCAGUAUCCCUGUCGCGAUGUUUGGAGCUGGAGGACUCCCGGCCCCAUGGUGCGCCAGCGGCCUGCGGAGUCGCUGGCGCCGCUGGAGGCACGGGCGGCGGCCAGCCGGCCUCCCGAGCCAGCGUGCCGCGCCGGCUGGCUCUCGGCGACGAUCGUCUGGCGGCGCCCGGCGACGAGGGCGCGGCCGAGAGGCAAUCGGCCACGCGGGCACCUCGUCAGCAGCCCCCGGCCUGCGCGUAGCCGAGAAGUGAGCGCCGGGAACUCCUCCCCGCCGGCCGCCGGCGGCGAGCGCGCCGCCGAGCGGCAGGAGAGCGCCGGGAGCUCACCCCGGGGCGGGCGAGCCCUGCCUCUGGCGGAGGGUGUCUUGUCGAACGCUGCGUCUCUCGGUGCGAUCGAAGUGGGAACGGGGAGGCUGGGCCCGGAGGCGGGCAGCAUCGGCGGCGAGCGGGGGCCAAGUGGGGAGGAGAAGGCCUUCGCAG